AUGGAUGCCGUUGUCUUUCGGGGGAAGCUUCAAGUGGCAGUAGAAAGACGGCCGAUCCCACGAAUCCAGGAUGGUGGAGAUGUCAUCGUUAAACCAUCGGAUACCGGAUUCAUUAUGGGCCAUGAGUUCGUGGGGGAGAUUGUGGAAAUCGGGGCAGGUGUUACCGCGUUCAAGAAAGGAGACCAGAUCGUUUCACCUUUCACUAUAAACUGUGGCCAAUGUUUCUACUGCAGCCAUGGAUAUUCUUCCCGCUGUGUGGAGAGUGCACUCUUUGGAACAACAUUGCUCGACGGUGCUCAGGCUGAAUACUGCCGAGUGCCCAAGGCUGACACUACCAUCGUGAAAGCACCUUCCAACAUUGCCCCCGAGAAGCUAGUAUUGAUGGCGGAUAUCUUUCCAACUGGGUACUUUGCAGCCAAAAAUGCGUUUGCAGGUUUCACUGAAACUCUCACCAAGAAAGCCACUGUGGUGGUCCUCGGUUGCGGUCCUGUCGGUCUCUGUGCCAUCGUUAACGCUAUGGAGCACAGACCGAAACAGAUCUUGGCUGUCGAUGCCGUUGAACUGAGACUGCAGCAAGCCAAACGGCUAGGCGCGGACCCAUGGAACUUUAAGACUAAUUUAAGUGGGCUUAAGGAGAAGGUGUUGGAGUUGACUGAUGGCCGUGGGGCUGAUAUAGUGAUCGAGUCCGUCGGUCACAGCGAUGCUCUGCGCCUUGCUUUUGACCUACUAAGACCUUGGGGUACUAUAUCAAGCAUUGGUGUGCAUAAUGCGGACAUCCCGUGGUCCGGGAAUGAAGCCUAUGCAAAGAACUUAACCCUAAAGAUGGGCAGAUGCCCGGUGAGAAGUAUGAGCUCUGUGUUACUUCUCUAUUUACACAUGAAGAAGCUGAAACAUUUUCCAGGUUUAUUCAUCGAAGCAUUAGAAAUGCUCGAAAAGAAGCAGAAUGAUCUGGAGUAA